AUGCCGAAUGAUACACAAAGCUAUCACCAAAGAUACGAACUUGGUGAACUUUAUCAGUAUGCAACACGUUACACAUUUAUUGCAACACAAGCGUCGGCAGUCUCUUCAGACAUCAGUUGCAUUCUAAGAUUAAAUAUGGACGAGUUCUACCGACAUGCCCAACUUGCAACAGAUAAUUCUAAUGAUUCGCUGACUACUUGUGAGUUCGAGAAGGGAUGGUUUGGCAAAAAUGUAGAGCUUUUGUCGCCUGUAGCGAAGGAAUUAUUCUUUCUUGGAGUAGCCGAAGCAUAUGAUACUAUAAAAAGAAUAUGUGAUCUUCGUACCGAAGCCGAUUGUAAUUUACGCGCACUGGAUAGCCUAGUUUUGUAUUUAAACGAAGUGGGACGAUUAAUUCAGGAACAAGAGGGUAACAUUAUUAGGAGCCGAGUACCAAAGUUGGUGCGGGCGUUGAAGGAAUGGGAAAGAUUUCUGGUGCAUUAUACUAAGGCUAAGAUUAAAGUAUUAUCACGAUUUGAUACUAUAACCGAGUUUGAACAAAAAUUGGAUAAACUUUUUGUAGAUCUGGAUGUCGCCCUUAAAGCGGCAAACGUCCAUAUAGUACUGCAAAAGAAUUCCAUGCUGACAGAACAACUUGUUUGCAUGAAAAUAUCAAGUGUAGAGGAAACUGGCUCAUUAGAAGAAACUAACGACAAAGAGAAAAGUAUCACACAGAUUGAUACAAAUCAUACAAGAACCAUGUUGACAUUGCUCUUUCAAAGAAUCAAGGAUGAAUUUGUCACUGCAGCUAUUCACAAUGGUGCAAAAAUAUCACAAACACAAUUACAAAGUGUUUCUAUUAAGCCACAUCAGAUUCAAUUCAUUGAUGGAAACCCAUAUGAGUGGGCAGAGAAUGGAUCACUCCAUGAAUAUUUGCAAAUCCAUAAGGAUAUUGGAUGGGAGUGGAAAAUAAAAACGAUUUCCCAUAUAGCAAAAGCGAUUGCAAUUCUGCAUGACAAGCUCGUCCUCUAUAGGAACAUUUCAAGUCAUCAGAUAUAUGUAGAUAAAGAUGGAAAUGUAAGAUUAAAAAGUAAUCUGUAUACAAGAUCAGGUGAUAGUACUCGGAAUAUUAAUAAACAAUUGGAAACUGUUCGGUGGACUUGCCCUGAAAAGGCACAAAAUCCACAUUUGCCUUCUUCCAAAGCAGCUGAUAUAUACAGUUUUGGUCUGCUCAUGUGGGAGAUGUCUUCACAUGAUGUUCCAUUUAAGGAUAAAAGUCCAAAAGAAGUAUUUGAAUUACUGGCGAAUGCAGAUUAUACAUGUGAGCUACCAAUAGUUAAGGACACACCCCAAGUGUAUGUAGAUAUAAUGACAUCUUGUUGGAACAGAGAUCCUACCAAACGUCCUACAGUACAGACUAUUGUGAAACUGCUUAGAGAACUUAAAUUAUCAAAGAACAGAACGGGCCCAACCGAUUUGUUAGUUCCAAAUCGUGCAACUGAUUACUCCAUCUUAAGUAAUAUAACAAUUCAAGGUGCAUGUGCCCUUCAUUCUAUUGGUAACUAUAAAGAAGCGUUUGGUCAAUUCAAAAUAUUGGCGAAUUGUGAGGAAGCUGCUGCUGAAGCCAAUUUUUAUGUUGGUCGCUAUCUCAUGGAUUUGAAGAUUGACUUUGAGAAAAAUGCGGAUGUUGGAGUGAGUUAUUUGAUGGUUGCUGAAAGAAUGGGGUUGAUGGAUGCUGUUCAAUUUCGUGCGCAGGAAAGUCUGUUUGCUGCUACAUUAUUGAGAAAUCAAUUGUUUGAAAUGGGCGACAUUGAAAAUGCAAAUGAAAUUUUUGAAAGAAUGAAGAAGGAAUGUUUACCGUUAUAUGAAAAGGGUGCAGAGUGUGGCAACUUGCGUUGCAUGAAAGAUUUGGCAGAUUAUGGAGCCAAAUUAGGAGAUGAAAAAAGUUAUAUCAAAGGCAUCAGGUUGUUGCAGCAUAGUAUAAAUAGAGUUCAAAGUCUUGCUAAAAAGAUGAAAAUUGUCAAGUAUCUAAAGGAAUUAAAGAAACAUGAAGCAAAAUUUAAUUUUAAAAUUGAAAGAAUAAGUUAA